AAAUUUAUUGAUUAUUACAAAAAUGUCUGUAAAUUAUGAUUUCACCGAUAAGGUAGUCGUAAUAACCGGUUCGAGUUCGGGUAUCGGUGCCGGCAUUGCCCAACUGUUUGCCAAAUCGGGUGCCAAUGUUGUUAUAGCUGGACUCGAUGGCCAGGGUGUGGCCAAAGUAGGCAAACAGUGUACAGAUUUAUCACCGAAACAGUUGACAGCACUGGAAGUUGUCGGCGAUCUGACUAACGAUAAGGAUUGCGAUCGACUGAUUGAGACAACUGUCCAAACGUUUGGCAAAUUGGAUAUAUUGGUCAACAAUGUCGGGAUCGGUCAUAGAGCCGAAGUUACUAAAGAGGAUUACUAUCAAAAAUUUCUAAAUGUUAUGCAAACUAACUUGAAUUCAGUGGUAUAUCUGACCCACAAAUCUGUUGAACAUUUGGCCAAAACUAAUGGCAAUAUUAUUAAUAUAUCGAGUAUUGCAUCAAAAAUAUCGUGUACUGAGUUAUCACCCUAUCAUAUGUCCAAAGCAGCACUGGAUAUGUUUACCAAAUGUAUGGCCGCAGAGUUGGGACCCAAACAUCAUAUCAGAGUUAAUUCAGUCAAUCCUGGACUUGUUGUCACUAAUUUUAUGACUACUAUGGGUUUACCUGAAACUAUUUGCGACAAAAUUUACGAAACAGUUGGCUCCAAAUAUCCGAUCGGUAGAGUUGGCCAGCCCCGGGAUAUUGCCAACACUGUUGCCUAUUUGGCCAGUAAUACUGAGGCCGGGUUUAUGACCGGCAGUAUUGUUUUGGCCGACGGCGGACAUCUGUCAGCUAACGUAUCGGUUGAAAAGGAAGGACAGGAUUUGUUAAAUAAAUUUCAAUAA